AUGAGCUAUAUUACUGUGACAGAGAAGGGUGUCCUCAAGAUUCUUCUUGGACAUAAGCAACACAAAGCUGCAUGCCCAGAUAAAGUACUUACCAGGCUCCUCAAACUCUGUGCCAAGGAACUUGCCCCAGGCAUGACCAGAAUCUACCAGCUUUCUCUAGACAGUGGUACACUCCCAGCUGACUGGAAAACAGCUGAUGUCUCCCCAAUCUUCAAGAAAGGAAACAGAUCUACACCAUCCAACUACAGACCUAUCUCUCUCACUUCAAUCUCCUGUAAGAUCCUGGAACAUAUCAUCUUUAGCAACAUCAUGGCUCAUUUCGACAACAACAACAUACUGUCUGACUCCCAGUCUGGCUUCCGACGCCGUCGCUCCUGUGAAUCACAGCUACUCACCACUGUGAACAACCUUGUCAAAGGACUUGACAAAAAUGAACAAAUAGAUGCUAUCCUGCUCGAUUUCAGCAAAGCAUUCGACAAGGUCUCACACACACACGACUGCUGA